AUGGAUCGAGAUGCGGCCAUUGUUGAAAUUGAAACCCUGAAAGAGAAACGCAAGCAACUAGCUCAGCAAAUGGAGGCGUUUAUGGGAAUUGAAUUUGAUGAAAAACAAUUGAAAGAGGAUUUGUAUGCCGCAUUCAUUAAACAUCACAGAAAGCAAUUUCCUCAAAUUACAAUUGGCCGAAUACACGAAUACUUUUUGAAGCAACGAAAUGCAUUGGGAAGACAGGCGAUUGUCGAUGUUGUAAAGGAUGAGUUAUACACGGCACUUGGGAAUCCAAAUAGUCAAUUUUGGGGGCAAAUAGAUUUGGAAACGGCCAUUGAUAUUUGUUGUUAUGCGCGAUACAUAGAUCCAAAUAAACGCAGAGAAAAUUCGCCGGUUAUAGUCAUGAAUGAUAUAACCAAACGUGUUGAGUCGCAACUUAACAUCAAUGAAGAAGGUGAAGGCAGUUCUGGGACUUUUAAUAUGGAACAUGGAGUUUCGGCUAUGACCAGCGAGGAUAUGCAGACAGAAGAUUGGAAUGUCGAUGAUGCACCAGAGGGCAGUGAUAAACUAUUAGAAGAUUUGGUAGAUCACUUUCUUGCAAAGGCCGACAACGCUUCAGGUGCAAAAUCUGAGAAGUGUUCAAUUAUAAUAAGAAGUUCUGUUCUUGAAAAACCCAUUCAAAUUCCAUAUAGAGGUCUUGCUCAGAAUACUCCUCAGGUUGUUAUGGAACAAUUUGAUGCCGUUGAUCAAAGUGGAAAACGCAUGGGCAGGCCUUCUCUAUACAGUCAGCCUAUACAUAUUGAGAUUGUUAUGGGUCCUUCGCAUGAUGAGGCUCUUGAAUUAUUAAAACAAGGCCAGGGAGGAUUGGGCAGGAAGUCGAGAGAAAUUCACCAAGGAGUUGACAUCAACAAUCUGAUUCCUGUCCACAACGAAACUCUUAACCGGCCAGCCAACGUUCAUUGUUUACUUCUCGCUGUUCAACUUAAAAUACUACAUGUCAACCUAGAUAAGACAAUUUUGGCGAAUAAAAAAUUUCAAAGACUUGUAAAUGGACAAAAUAAAAAUGCCAGAUUCAAGCGUGAAUUUUUGAUUAAAGAAAUGCUGCAGCAUCUAUUCAGAUAUGGAAUCCGCUAUCCUACUUGCGCUCCACAGUAUACGGUUGAAGAGCAUGUUCCAAUGUUACAACGUUAUCUGAAUUUGCGUUUUCCUGGCAAAUACAGAAUAUCUAUCUUUGGAGAACGUGGAAAAUUGCGGCCAUUAUGGAAAGGAACGGAAAGGGCAGAACAUGAAAUUGCUUUAUAUUUAAAGGAUGAACAUUAUUAUGGAAUCAGAAAUGUUAAUGCACUUUUUGGAUCAUAUUAUUGUAUUGACUGUGAGGCUCCUUAUUCUAAGAAAAUUGAUCAUCGCCAAAAAUGUGUGGCUAGUGCCCUCGAUGUUGUGGGAUGGGUUUUGGAUUUCCAUGCAAAGUGCUUGAAAACUUUUCAAAAAAAUGUUUACAAUGUUUAA